UUCUAUACAUUCGGUUUCUCUUAUCAAGUCUACGUUGUUUAGAUAAAGAAAAAACGAUUCGAAACACAUUUAUUAUUCCUUAAAAUAUAGUAAACAUUACAGAUAUUGUAAAAUUAUGCUUUUGUGCCUCUGCAAACUUUUUUGAAUUGUUCUAUAGUGUUAUUUUAAAUGCUGGAUGAUAAAACAUGCACGGCGUUACUGCAUUAUUCCGUUCUACUAUAUUUCCAAUAAAAUAUUUGAAGGUUACUCGACAUUUUUCUCUGAGCCAUUCAAAGCAAGCAGAAUUUUUUCGAAAUUCUGAAGAAGCUAUUCAUGAUAUUUCAGAUGGAGCAAAACUUUUAGUUGGAGGUUUUGGAUUAUGUGGAAUACCAGAAAAUCUUAUUGCAGCUCUUGUUAAAAGAGGGCAGAAAAACUUAACUAUUGUCAGCAAUAAUGCUGGUGUUGAUAAUUUUGGAUUAGGCCUUCUGCUUCAAAGCAGACAGAUAAAACGUAUGAUUGCAUCUUAUGUUGGUGAAAAUGCUGAAUUUGAAAGGCAAUACUUAACUGGUGAACUAGAAUUGGAAUUUGUACCUCAGGGUACUUUAGCUGAAAGGAUAAGAGCUGGAGGUGCAGGUAUUCCUGCCUUUUACACAUCUACAGCAUAUGGGACCCUUGUUCAAGAAGGUGGGGCUCCCGUUAAAUACAAUCCUGAUGGCAGCAUAGCACUGGCGAGUGAAUCCAAAGAGGUUCGACAAAUUAAUGGACGAGAUUAUAUUUUGGAAGAAGCUAUUACUGGUGAUUUUGCUUUAGUUAAAGCUUGGAAAGCUGACAAGUUUGGAAACUUAAUUUUUCGAAAAUCAACUCCAAAUUUUAAUGUUCCUAUGUGCAAAGCAGCAAAAAUUACGAUUGCUGAAGUUGAAGAAAUUGUGGAAAUAGGGGAAAUACCUCCUGAAAAUGUGCAUGUUCCUAGUGUUUAUGUUCAAAGAGUCUUACUCGGUGAAAAAUUUGAAAAAAGAGUUGAAAGACUGAAGUUCCACAAAAAAGAAGGUAAUGGUGUCAAAACUCCAGCUGAAAAAAUAAGAGAAAAAAUAGUCAAAAGGGCUGCUUUAGAAUUUCAGGAUGGCAUGUAUGUAAAUCUUGGUAUUGGUAUGCCUGUGUUAGCAAGUAACCAUAUACCACCAGGCAUGACAGUUCAUCUUCAUUCAGAGAAUGGCGUCUUGGGUCUGGGACCCUAUCCAUUAGAAGGCGAACAUGAUCCUGAUUUGAUAAAUGCAGGGAAAGAAACAGUCACUGCUCUACCUGGAGCCUCAUUUUUUCCCAGUGAUGAGUCAUUUGCAAUGGUCAGAGGAGGUCAUAUUCAAUUGACUAUGUUAGGUGGCAUGCAAGUAUCUCGUUAUGGUGAUUUAGCAAACUGGAUGAUACCCGGUAAGCUGGUGAAAGGAAUGGGUGGAGCCAUGGACUUAGUGUCAUGCGAAGGAUCCAAUACUAGAGUGGUGGUUGUGAUGGAGCACACAGCCAAAGGAAAGACACCAAAGAUUUUGGAAUCCUGUACAUUACCUCUGACAGGAAGACGAUGUGUUAAUAGAAUCAUAACUGAAAAAGGUGUCUUUGAUGUGGAUUUCGAAAAUGGAUUAACUUUGGUGGAAAAGGCAGAAGAUGUGACAUUAGAGGAUAUAGUGAAUACAACUGAAUGCCAAUUUGAGGUUUCCCCUGAUUUGAAACCAAUGGGGCAAAAUUAGAAAUACUAUAAAUGGAGCAUUUUAUAUUCAAGAUGAGACUGGUAUUUUACAAAAUCUAGCCCUGAACUGUAAAUAAAGUAUUUUUCUAUCAUAACAUUCAGUAAUUGUGUUGUAAGGCUUGUAAAUAUUUUCGUUUUAAUCUUGUGAAUUCUUUUUAUAUGUUCAAAUAGUAAAUGAUUUUCAUAUCUCAGAGCUUAUAUUUAGAUGCUAAUGCAAUGUAGAGCAUUUAUCAAAAGCUUCAGUGGUGCAUUUUAAUAAAUUGAAUGAUUC